UAUCACUUCCGCCACAUAUGUAAACAGGAUAUUUUGCAUCAUUCUUUCUAAAAACAUCUAAAAUUGACUAAUUUAUCGUGAAAUAAAGCUUGUCAUGUCAAAGGUUGUGUUUCUCCAUCCAGAUCUUGGCAUUGGUGGGGCCGAAAGAGCAGUUAUUGAUGCAGCGUUAGCUCUGAAAUCUCGUGGACAUUCUGUCGAAUUUCUGACCGCUCAUCACGACCCGACACACUGCUUCAGUGAAACUAAAGAUGGAACCUUUAAAAUUACAACCGUUGGUGACUGGUUACCUCGAAGUAUAUUUGGCAGAUUUAAAGCCAUGUGUGCAUAUAUCAGGAUGAUAUUUGCGGCAUUUUACCUGGUGUUUAUCAGCGAUCUUUCUAAGGAUGUCGAUCUAAUUUUCUGUGACCAAAUAUCAGCUUGCAUACCAUUGUUAAAAUUCUCCAAGGCCAAGAUUCUUUUUUAUUGUCACUUCCCUGACAUGUUACUUACUCAAAGAACAAGUUUUUUAAAGAAAUUAUAUAGAAGGCCAAUAGAUUGGUUGGAAGAGAAAACUACUGGUAUGGCAGACUGUGUCUUGGUGAACAGUAAAUUUACAGCUGGUGUAUUCCAUGAUACUUUCAAAUCAUUAUCACAUAUUCAACCCCAAGUAUUAUAUCCUAUACCAGAUUUCUCAGCAUUUGAUAAACCAAUAGAUGAUCCAACAGAUGAUCUAAUACCCAGUAACAAAUCUCUUAUACUACUCUCUAUAAACAGAUACGAGAGAAAGAAAAACCUACCUGUAGCUAUACAGGCAUUUGGUAAAAUAAAAGAAAAAUAUCCUGAUAACCAAACAAUUCAUCUUAUAAUGGCUGGUGGUUACGAUAAUCGAGUUACGGAAAAUGUAGAACAUUAUCAGGAAUUAAAACGACUGGCAAAAACUUUAAAUCUCGAAGAUUGUGUGACCUUUCUCCGAUCUUUUAGUGAUUCCCAAAAAAGAACAUUACUGAAAUACAGUACUUGUCUUAUUUACACUCCAGAUAAAGAACAUUUUGGUAUUGUACCUAUUGAAGCCAUGUUUAUGGAAUGUCCAGUUAUUGCAGUUAAGAGUGGUGGUCCACUUGAAACUGUGGCAGAUGGUGAAACAGGCUUCCUGUGUUCCCCAACUGCUGAUGAUUUUGCUAAAGCUAUUGAAAAUUUUGUGAAAAAGCCUGAAAUGGCUAAAAGUUUUGGUAAAGCAGGAAAGAGGAGAGUAUUGGAGAAAUUUUCAUUUGCUCAAUUUACAGAAAUUUUGAACUCCAUUGUCCAAAAGCUAAUCAGUACAAAUUAAACGUAGUUGUUUAAUAA